AUGGGUUGUGGCAUGAGCACCGAGGAGAAGGAGGGGAAGCAGAGGAAUGAGGAGAUUGAGAACCAGCUGAAGAGGGACAAGAUGAUGCAGCGGAAUGAAAUCAAGAUGCUUCUUCUAGGAGCUGGAGAAUCUGGUAAAUCAACUAUCCUGAAACAGAUGAAGCUCAUCCACGAAGGUGGGUAUAGCCGAGAUGAAUGUGAAUCAUUCAAAGAAAUCAUCUUCUCAAACACGGUCCAGUCAAUGAGGGUUAUUCUGGAAGCAAUGGAAACGUUAGAGCUUCCUCUUGAUGAUAGCCGGGCAGAGUAUCAUGUACAGACCAUCUUCAUGCAGCCGACACAGAUCGAGGGCGAAUCCCUCCCACCAGAGGUUGGCAAUGCUAUCAAGACUUUGUGGGCGGACCGUGGUGUACAGGAAUGUUUCAGGCGAUCAAGGGAAUACCAGUUGAACGACUCGGCCAGAUACUACUUUGACUCCAUCGAUAGGAUCGCACAGCCAGACUACCUGCCUACUGACCAGGAUGUACUGAGAUCGCGUGUCAAGACAACCGGUAUCACAGAAACCACCUUUAUUAUCGGGGACUUGACCUACCGUAUGUUUGAUGUUGGUGGUCAACGAUCAGAACGUAAGAAGUGGAUUCACUGUUUUGAGAAUGUUACAACCAUUCUGUUUUUGGUUGCCAUCUCAGAGUACGAUCAAUUGCUGUUCGAGGAUGAGACUGUAAACCGUAUGCAGGAAGCUUUGACAUUGUUCGAUUCAAUCUGCAACUCAAGAUGGUUCAUCAAGACGAGUAUAAUCCUGUUCUUGAACAAGAUUGAUCGCUUCCGAGAGAAACUCCCAAUUAGUCCUAUGAAGAAUUACUUCUCUGACUACGAAGGUGGCGAGGACUAUACUGCUGCUUGCGAUUACAUUCUGAAUCGCUUCGUGUCUUUGAAUCAAUCAGAGACCAAGCAAAUCUAUACCCAUUUCACAUGUGCCACGGAUACUACGCAGAUCCGUUUCGUGAUGGCAGCCGUUAAUGAUAUCAUUAUCCAAGAGAAUCUGCGUCAAUGCGGUCUGAUAUAA